AGAAGGUAAGGUACUACUCUGUGCACGUUGUGGUUCCGCCCACUUUCUGAAACGUCAUCGCGUAUGCGCCGUCACGUUGGUGGUAGUGUCCUAAUGGUCGUGACCAGCUAAGCAAGCAGCUGUGUCAGUUUCCUGACUGGAGCAAGAAAUAUAUGAGCAGGGCGGUUAAACGAGAACACCACCAUGGUGCUGAACCCUGUCAUUUCCAAGCUCGCUGGUAAACUGGUUGUGCUGGCAAGUGCUUCUCCUCGGAGACUGGAGAUUCUCAGCAAUGCGGGCUUACGGUUUGAGGUGGUACCAUCCUGGUUCAAAGAAACUCUAGACAAGGGACUUUUCAAAGCACCUCAUGAGUAUGCUGUGGAGACGGCCAAACAGAAGGCCCUGGAGGUGGCCAGGAGGAUGCCCUUUAAGCACCUGAAGACUCCAGACAUAGUAAUCGGAGCAGACACUAUUGUGACUGUAGAUGGCAUGAUUCUGGAGAAGCCAGUGGACAAAGAUGAUGCUUACAGGAUGCUGUCAAGCUUGAGCGGUAAAGAGCACAGCGUCUUCACUGGUGUAGCUAUCGUCCUCUGCCAUGAAAAAGAAAACGAAGAAGUGGAUUACCAGUUGAUUGAGUUCUACGAAGAAACAAAGGUGAAGUUUGCUGAUCUCUCCGAUGAUAUGCUGUGGGAGUACAUCAAUAGCGGUGAACCCAUGGACAAAGCUGGAGGCUAUGGUAUCCAGGCUCUCGGCGGGAUGCUUGUAGAGUACGUCUACGGAGACUUCCUCAAUGUUGUGGGUUUCCCCCUUAACCACUUCUGCAAACAGCUGGACCGUAUUUACAACCGGUGCACUUCCUCCUCGGACCAACAGACCGAGUCCAUCCGGCCGAGCCACAACGGCACUCACGCCACCUCGGCGCUCACUCAGCCCCCGCCCAAACUGUCAGCUCAGUCCAGCCACAGUCCCAGCUCUCCCGCCAAACAUAACCCCACGUCCGGCUCCAGACCGAACUCUUCAGCCGCUUCCCUCCAUGAGGUGGACAGGAACGGCAGUGCAAAUGAAGCGGAUGGGAGUUGUUGCACGUUGGUAAACAGCCUGUCCAAACACACAGAGGAUAGAGAGGCUAAUCUCAGAGACUCUGAGAACACAUUACCGCUGAUGACCAGCAGAGGGCAGGUGAUUGAGCUCAAUGUGACAGAGCAGGAGGACAGCGAGCCGAAAAAAGAAGACUUGCAGCAAAUCGUCGAUCUGAUGGAUGGAUUCAAAGCCUCAAAGGCGCUGUUUACCGCAUCCAAGAUGUGUGUGUUUGACCUGCUGCAAAGCCGACCAGGGCUGGAUGCAGCACAGGUGGCCCAGGAGAUCAAAGCCUCUGUGAAGGGCACCCAGUGCCUGCUGGAAGCCUGUGUGUCUCUGGGACUGUUGAGGAGCAAAGAGAGACCGUGCAAGAAGCCGGUGUUCGAGAACACAAAUCUGGCCUCUUGCUUUCUGCUGACGGACGCUCCCUGCUCACUGCGCGGCUACAUCCAGCAUUGUAACGACACCGUGUGGCCUCUCUUCUCCCACCUUGAGAGCGCCGUGUGGGAGGGCGCCAACCAGCGCGAGAAGGCUUUUGGCAAGACAUCCACGGAUAUGUUUCAGGAUACUUUCCACAAACGUCAAGAAGUCCAGCUGAGAUUCAUGAAUGCCAUGCACAGCAUUGCUAAAGUUACAGGACAAGCUGUAGCAACAGCCUUCGACCUCUCCAGGUUUAAAACUGCCUGCGACCUCGGAGGAUGCACUGGUGCCAUGGCCUAUGAGUUUACCAAAGCCCAUCCCGGGUUGUCUGUGACAGUGUUUGACUUGCCAGCAGUGGUUGAGAUGAGUGAACAUUUCCAUCCUCUGCACACAGACAACAGGAUGUCAUUUGUAGGAGGAGACUUCUUUAAAGACGAGCUGCCCAAAGCAGACUUGUACGUCCUUGCGAGGAUUCUCCAUGACUGGCCUGAUGAGAAAGUGCAUAUUCUGCUGAGUAAAAUCGCAGAUGCGUGCUCGCCAGGCUGCGGACUCCUGCUGAGCGAGAUCUUCCUGGAUGAAGACCGAGGCGGGCCGAGGCGCGGCCUGCUGCAGGCCCUCAGCAUGAGCGAGGGGAGCCAGAGGAGCGCGACGGAGUACGGCCUGCUUUUGAAGAGCCACGGGUUCACGACGGUACACGUCAGACACACGGACAGCCUCCUGGAUGCUAUACUCUGCAUCAAAGCGUGACCGACGACAGCCUCGACAACACUGUGUUGAAGGUCUUGUUGAAUACUGUAGACCUUUUUUACCAAAAUCAGGGACUAAGGUCAGGAAUGUUUUCAUGAGGAAGUGUGAAUCAAGUGAACAAAGAAUCAGUUUGUGUUUGAGGUAUUGGGACAUAAAACAGACAGAGUAUAUUGUUUUGUACUAGGCAUUCUGUAAUUUUCCUUUGUCUUGAACAAAGUCUUCUGUUGAGACCACGUUGGACGGACAGACAGCCCACUCUGCCCCUCGGUCUCUGAACAUGCUCGCCCAGACUGAGGGCACAGAGAGCCAGUAUACACCCUCAGUGCUUUUAUUGCCUAUAAAAUGAAUGCUCCUGUUUCUCAUUCAUUCCUUUGAUUUGUGUUCUGGCCUUUUAAUCUGUGGUUGAAAAAAAUUAUAAUAAUAGUAGGAAUACAACAAUAGGUAUUACCAAAGUUUACUUAAGUAAAAUAAUGUAAGUAUAAUCAGGAAAAUUAAAUAUAGCACCAAAAGUAAAAGUACCCAUAAUGCAGGAUGAAUAAUGUUAUUUAAAUUGGACGAUUAUUUCUGAUUUAAUUAAGUUGUAAGAUACAAUUUGAUUCAUCUGGUAAAGCUGGAGCUAAUUUGAAAAAGUGUUAUACAAAUUGAUUAUUAAAAGCAUUAUUUUGGAAUGAUUGCCUAUAUCUAUAUUCAAGAAGUCUAGCAGUAGUAACGUCU